AUGAGAGAAGAAGAAGGCUCAAUGACUACGAGUAGCAGUCUCCUCAAAGUCUUUUCUUCUUACAACUCCAACGUCCUCUUAGAUGCUCUCCUCUUCCUCCUCUUAGUCGUCCUCUUCGUCUUGCUUCUCCAUUUCUACGCCCGCUUUUUCUGGUCAAACUCCGACCAAGAAUUCUUCGCCGCUCGACGCCGGCUGAGAGGAAUCCGGAGAAGAACAGUCACAACGACAAGAAUCAUACCUCCUGUUCCACUGGGAGGUAUUGACGGUGAAGUGUCCGUUGCGGCUCCGACAAGCGAUGACAAAGGUUUGGAUUCUUCAGUCAUUUCUUCGAUUCCUCUGUUCGUUUACGAAGACGACGAAGAAGAAGAGGAGUGUGUGAUAUGUCUUGGUUUGUGGGAAGUGGGAGAGUUUGGAAGAAAGUUGAGAUUUUGCGGACAUGGGUUUCACGUUGAGUGUAUAGACAUGUGGUUGUCGUCUCACUCUACUUGCCCUCUCUGUCGAUCCCCUGUUCUCGCCGUCUCCGAUCAAGACAAUCUCAAGCCGGCCAUUAACGGCGACGUUGAUGGAAUAGUUGAAGUAGAAGAAGAAGAAGAAGAAGCAGAGGUUAGGAUAGAGCUACAAUUGUUUCCAACCGGAGAAGAUGAGAACGUCGUCGCCAGUUGUUAG